AUGCAACAACCGUUACGAUUCCUGUACGUGAUCCCUUCUUUUGCAUCCUCGGUGCGAGAAAAGUACCGGAGAGACGACGGAUAUCAUCCGUUUGCAGAGAGCGAGAGACCGUUUUCCGUGCCAUCGCAUUUGAAAAACUUCCGGUUUCGAUGUCACCAAUUUCUGGUCUCGUUACUCUUGGUGUUCCUCUUGGGGGCGUGUGUGCAAGUGCACAAACUUUCCGCGUUGGACGCCGCGGGAAGAGAAUUUCAGCAAACGAAAACGAGCGAUAAGACGAUGUUUUUAGUUCCGUUUGCAAUCGCGAAAGCGACGGCGAACUUGUUUUCGGGGUCGCUGGCGAAUCGAUUCGGAAGGAAAAGAGUCGGGAUCGUCGGGUGGAUGUUUUCGGUGGUGGCGCCGAUGUUGGCGAUGUCGGCGGUGACGACGAGGACCGAGAACGAAAGCGAGACGCAGAAAUGGAACAGAAUCGUAGCUUCUGGGUUUUUUUUAGGCGUCGGUCAAGGAAUUGGAUGGACGAUGGCGAUUAUGACGAGCGUUGAUGUGAGCGGGCCGACGAGAAGAGGAUUCGCGAGCGGGAUGUGCGAGACGGUCGGGUACACGAGCGUGGCAUUUUUUGCGAUGAUGUAUGCCCUUUUAGAGGAAAGUAGGGCGAAGUGUCACUGGGAAGAGGCGUAUAGAGCGAAGAGUAUGCGCACGGAGGCGUGCAUACGGGCAAAUCCAGAAGGUAAAUGUGGCGCCGGCGACGAUUGGGUGGAAGCGUGUAGCGGGAUGUGCAACUGCGAAGGUUACGUAGAACGACCGAGUACGGCUGUUUUCGUCUUAGCGGUGCUAGGCUUGGUCGUAAUAUGCAUAUUCGGGAGAGAAACGGGGGUUUUAAGGGGUAGGCAGGCGAGUGGCGGUAGUAUUAAUGCAGGUAAUAAUAGUAAUAAUAGUAAUAAUAAUAAUAAUAGCGGAAGAGUGGCGUUGCCGGCGGUGAUGGAACUGGAAACUCCGGGAGGAGGUGACCUCAACGACGAUGAGAGCUUCAACGCGGACGAGGAAGAGGAGGAAUCUGGAACGGCGAGUUUCUUACAACGAGGGGAACGUGGUGCAUCUUCUUCAUUCGUAGUUUCCGGAGGACCCCGAGGAGGAGCAGGAGGAGGAGGAGAAGAAGGACAACCGACUACUACGUAUUCGUUCUCGGACACGUUUGCGUACACGAUACGAAACCCAAACCUUCGUCUCGUCGCUCUCGCAUCAUUUUGUUGCAACGUCGAAACUGGCUUAGCUUGGGGUUUAUUUCCAAUCUGGAUGCGCGACGAGCUCGGUUUGAGCGGCGAACAAAGAGAUCUCUUCUCUGGAUUGUAUUCCUUCAGCAAAGGCAUUGCCCAGUUUUAUUUCGGCCAACACUCGGAUCAAAACACGCGCGCAACGCCCAUUCGAUGGGGCUUAAUCGGCGGUGGACUUUCGCUAAUCAUCGCAAGUUGGGCGCGAGUUGGUGGUGUGACGUAUCCAGGACUGCUGCACUUCGGCGCGGUGACUUUAGGUUUGUCCACCGGCGCCGUCUACCCGGUCUUAGCGCCGGCGGCUCUGGACCACUCUCGCGACGCGAGCGAAGAAUCCGCCACGUUAGGCGCCAAUCGAUUCUGGCGAGAUUUAGGCUACGUCAUGGGUACGCCGCUAGCUGCGCUCGCGGAUUCGUCCAGUCCUCGCUUAGCGUUCCAUUUAUCCGGUGUGAGCAUGAUUUUAAUGGGCGCGUACUUUGGAUUCGCGUACGAGGAGAACGUGCCCGCAUCCUCCGAGUAA